ACACUUGUUCAUCAGCAAACCCCAAAAAAAAGAAUCAAAUGGAUGAGGGCUUAUGCAAGAGGAGGGUUUAGCUUCUUCAUCUCUUCAUUUACUCGACAACCAGUUAUCGCCUCCCCUCUCUCUCCUCCCUCACACCCUUUGAGAAUCAGAUUCUCUUCAUCUUCAUCUUCAUCUUCAUCUUCAUCUGCUCAAGUUAUGGGGAUUCAAUCCAAAUCUGUAACUGGGUCAAAUGAUGAUUCUGUUGAUUGGUCUGCUACCAAAGUUAGAGACACUUUCAUCAAGUUUUUUGAAGGAAAAAGUCACACUUUUUGGAAAUCAAGCCCUGUUGUUCCUCAUAAUGAUCCCACUUUACUCUUUGCUAAUGCUGGUAUGAACCAGUACAAGCCCAUUUUCUUGGGGACAAUUGAUCCUAACAGUCCUUUGAGUGUUAUGAAGCGUGCUUGCAACACUCAGAAAUGUAUCAGGGCUGGUGGGAAGCACAACGAUCUCGACGAUGUAGGGAAAGAUACUUACCAUCACACAUUCUUUGAAAUGCUCGGUAAUUGGUCCUUUGGUGACUACUUUAAGAAAGAGGCCAUUGAAUGGGCCUGGGAACUCCUCACCAAGGUUUAUAAGCUACCUGCUGACAGAAUUUAUGCUACGUAUUUUGGUGGUGAUGAGAAAGCUGGACUUACGGCUGACACAGAGGCCAGGGAUAUUUGGCUCAACUUCUUGCCUCCUGAACGUGUAUUGCCUUUUGGUUGCAAGGACAACUUCUGGGAGAUGGGUGAUACUGGUCCUUGUGGCCCCUGUACUGAGAUUCAUUUUGAUAGGAUUGGGGGUCGUGAUGCUGCGUCACUGGUCAAUAAUGAUGACCCUACUUGUAUAGAAAUAUGGAAUCUUGUCUUUAUCCAGUUUAACAGGGAAACUGAUGGUUCAUUAAAGAGCCUUCCUGCCAAACAUGUUGAUACAGGAAUGGGUUUUGAAAGAUUGACAUCUAUUCUUCAGAAUAAGAUGAGUAAUUAUGAUACAGAUGUCUUCAUGCCCUUGUUCGAUGCAAUUCAACAGGCAGCUGGGUCUCGCCCUUAUUCUGGAAAAGUUGGAGCUGAUGAUGCUGACACAGUGGAUAUGGCCUACAGGGUUGUCGCUGAUCAUAUAAGAACUCUCUCCUUUGCAAUUGCCGAUGGUGCUUGUCCAGGUAAUGAAGGUCGUGAAUACGUUCUAAGGCGCAUUCUUCGUCGAGCUGUUCGUUAUGGAAGUGAAGUACUAGGCGCCAAAGAUGGGUUUUUUAGUGGGCUAGUACCUACACUGGUGAAUUUAAUGUGUGAUGUUUUCCCCGAGCUGAAGCAGCAAGAGAAACAUAUCAAAGAUAUCAUUGCAGAUGAGGAGGCCAGUUUCGGGAAAACAUUGCUCAAGGGAAUCGAGAAAUUUAAGAAGGCUGCUCAGGAGGUAGAAGGGAAGACAAUCACUGGCCAGGAUGCAUUUGUAUUAUGGGACACAUAUGGCUUCCCGAUUGAUUUGACCCAGUUAAUGGCAGCGGAAAGAGGUUUAACAGUAGACACAAAAGCUUAUGAUGAUGCUAUGGCAGAAGCAAAGAAAAGAUCAAGAAGUGCUCAAAAUAAGCAAGUUGGUGGUGCAAUUGUUAUGGAUGCUAAUGCUACAGCAUCAUUACACGACAAUGGAGUUCCAACCACUGAUGACUCCAGCAAAUAUGUUUGGUUCGAGGAUCAUGAAAGCACCGUAAGAGCUGUAUACAAUGGAUCCGAGUUUUUGAAGACUGCUGAAGCUGGUCAGGAAGUUGGUAUUGUUCUUGAGUCUACAAGUUUCUAUGCUGAACAAGGUGGUCAGAUCUUUGAUACUGGCUCACUUGAAGCCCCACAUGGCAGUUUUCAAGUUUGUAACGUUCAGGUGUUUGGUGGUUUUGUUCUACAUAUUGGUACCUUUACAAGUGCAACUGGUAGAUUCUCUGUCGGUGAUAAGAUCACUUGCAAGGUGGACUAUAUGAGGCGUCAACUCAUUGCCCCCAACCAUACUUGUACACACAUGUUAAAUUUUGCUCUCAGGAAAGUUCUUGGGCCCCAUGUUGACCAAAAGGGAUCUAUUGUCCUUCCUGAGAAAUUAAGAUACGAUUUUUCUCACGGCAAGCCUGUUCAAGUUGAAGAGUUGAGAGAAAUAGAAAGCAUUGUGAAUAAGCAAAUUGGAGAUAAGCUCGAUGUAUUUGCUAAAGAGGCAACACUUGCUGAUGCCAAGCGUGUAAACGGUCUGCGAGCUGUGUUUGGAGAGAUAUACCCUGAUCCUGUUAGAAUAGUAUCAAUUGGGAAAAAGGUGGAAGAUCUCCUGGAAAAUCCAGAUAAAGAAGAUUGGUUGGAAUAUUCUGCUGAACUUUGUGGAGGAACCCACAUAUCUAAUACAAGAGAAGCUAAGGGAUUUGCUCUUUUAUCUGAGGAGGGAAUUGCCAAAGGAAUUCGCAGAGUGACAGCUGUUACAUCUGACUGUGCUUUGGAAGCGGUGGAAGUGGCAUCUUCCCUCAAGCAGGAAGUGGAAGAUGCGUUAAAAUUAGAAGUCAACCAGCAAGAGAAGAUUGUGGCUUCUUUGCGGAGCCGUGUAGAAGCAGCACCCAUCCCAGUAGCCAAGAAAGAUGACAUUCAGAAGGUUAUGAAAGUGCUUCAGGAUAACGUGCGGAAGGCACAGAAAAAAGUGGCUGAAGAGAACCUUCAAAAAGCGGUAAAGACUGCCACUGAGAAGGCAGAGGCUGCUAUUUCAGAGGGAAAGACCUUUUGUAUCUCGCGUGUAGAUGUUGGUUUAGAUGCUGCUGCUGUAAGGGAAGCUGUACAAAAAGUGAUACAGAAAAAGGGUAUCUCAGUCAUGGUGUUUAGUGUAGACGAAACUGCAAAUAAGGCUAUUGUUUAUGCCGGAGUACCUGACAAGGGAAACACUUGGAAGGGCUUGGAAGUGUCUGAAUGGUUAACAGUUGCUUUGGGUCCUUUAAAGGGAAGGUGCAGUAAGGGAAAAGGUGGUCUUGCACAAGGCCAGGGCACUGAUGCAUCUAACGUUGAGGAGGCCAUAAAACUGGCAGUAGACUUUGCAUCAAUGAAGCUCAACUGAGCAUUGUUUCCUUUGUAUUAUCUGAUAGAUUGUCGCUGCCGCCUUGUGCUACCCAAUUGCUAAGUUCAUCCUCGGAAUGUAAGUUUAUUUUAGGGAAAGGGUAAAAUUGGGCAAUUUAUUCAAGGUGGUGUGCAUAUUCAUUUCUUCUUGGUAGAACGCAAGCGUCAUUUAACAAUUAUCAUUUUUAUACAGAUAUACUAGGAAUUGUUUACAGUUUCUAAGCACAUGUAAUUCACGUUUCUUGGUUAUUUGGAAAAGUUCAAUCAAGCUAAUAUAAUCUUUAACCAUAUUUCAAACUA